AUGGACCCACUGCCGAAGAACCAGACCUUAAGCUCGGAGUUUAUUAUCUUGGGCUUUGGGAACCUGCCAAACCUGCAGAGCCUCUUCUUUGGACUCUUCCUAAUCGUGCACCUUAUCACCCUAGCAGGCCACACAACUAUUGUGCUCAUCACCUUCAUUGACUCCUGCCUGCAGACUCCCAUGUAUUUUUUCCUUCGUAACUUGUCCACCAUUGAGAUUUGCUAUAUAUUGGUUAUUGUCCCCAACAUGUUGGCUAAUUUCUUGUCCAAGAACCAACGGAUGCCCUUCCUGGGCUGUGCCCUGCAAAUGCUCCUCUUCAUUGCCCUGGGUGGGGCAGAGUGUUUUCUUCUAGCCGUGAUGGCCUACGACCGAUUCGUGGCUAUCUGCAACCCCUUGCGCUACCCGCUCAUCAUCACCCGAGCCCUCUGUCUGCAGAUGCUGGUGCUGGCGUGUGUCAGCGGCUUUGCACUCUCACUCGCUCUCACUACACUGAUCUUCCUCCUGCCCUUUUGCCGGUCUCACCAGAUCAAUCAUUUUUUCUGUGACAUUCCUGCUGUGUUAUUCCUGGCCUGCUCUGACACCCGAGCCAAUGAGAUUGCCGUCUUUCUUGUGUGUAUGCUCAUCCUGCUGAUUCCCUUCCUGCUGAUCCUGCUCUCUUAUGGAGUGAUUAUUGCUGCCAUCCUCAGAAUCCACUCAGCUGAGGGCAGAAGCAAAGCCUUCUCCACCUGUGCUGGGCAUUUACUGGUCUCUCUUCUACACUACGGCUGUGCGAUAUUCAUCUACAGCCGCCCUAAAUCAUGCUACAAUCCAGACCAGGACAAAGUGGUGUCCUUAAUCUACACCAAUAUAACUCCUAUGCUCUAUCCAAUGAUCUAUAGUCUGAGGAACCAGGAAGUCAAGGGUGCCCUCAGAAGACUCCUGGAGAGUCACAACCGGAUGAAGUGA